AAAAUUCGUAAACAGGAACAGGAACCGGAACAGGACAUUCGCCAGCAUUGUGUUUAAAUUCUCUAGCUCUUGUUUCUUUCUGGUGAUAUCUUUAUUACUCAGUCGUUCUUCACUCUCGUGCCAGUUAAAGGCCGCCUUAACUGUGAGAGAAAAUAUUUCCAAGUUCCAGAGAUUUGAAAAACGCCGGACUGGAUCUGCCGAGAUGAAAGUGCUUUCAGUAGUUCUACCUCUCUUUCUUGCGAUUUCGUGCGUGUCUGGUAAGCAAUUAUUUAAAUACAACUGUAGGUUUUCGUUUCAAAUGCGAAACUAGGGUAAAGAAGUUAGCAAAAAUAGUCAUGUGGCAAAUUUGGUUUAAUCGAGCAAGUAGCAAAAUAAAUUUCCGAGAUCUGAAAGAUUCAGGGCAUUUUUAUAAGCGAUUAUUUAAUGUCUAAAUAUAUGUAGUGCACGGUAUUAAAGUAAACUCUGCCUCAGUGGUGUUCUCAAUUUCAGUUUUUUUUUGUGCGUUCUCUCCAGUUAAGAAAAAGCUAAGAAGGUAGGUCCAAAAGAAAUUGUGCCUUUUGGAGCAUUCGUUAGGAAAGCAUAAUGCCAAAUGUUGGUUUCAACAGCUAUAAGUUUGCGGAACCCUCAGAGGCAUGCACCUAAGAUACAAAAAGGGACUGAGCAGAUGAUUUGAGCGUUAGGCUGUGUUAGCGGAUUCAGCGGAUUCGUGUCGUUUAGCGAUGGCAGAGUACAUUGUACCUCUUACGUGAGGCCUGUUUAUCCUCGUUUUCUUAUUUUGCUGAAGAGCUGACUUUUCUGUUGUUUUGAAAUAUUUUUGGCUUUAACCGAUAGCCGUGAGCAAGAUCAAUCUUGAUCUGUGCGAACUACAAGCUGUUUGGCUGUUCAGAGAGUUUCUCGUUCAAACGACGUAAUGCUCGGAUUAAAUCACCUUGUACCCAACAUGUAUGAUUCAAAUUAAAGCAAAUAGAACAAAUUAUCAGGGUUUUUACGAUUUCCAUGCGUGUUACUGAAACAGCUUUUGAAAGCUCUAACUCAAAAAAAAAAUUGUUUAUCGCUGUGAUUCUUGCAUGAAAUUUUCGGACUUUAUAGGAAAGAAAAGUGCAAAUUUCUUUCUUCUUUACCUUCCUUAUUUUUAAGCAGUGGAAAGUUUAAAAAAUAUUUCAAACUGCGAAAAAAUAGAUCAAUUAUCAAUAAUUCUCAAAAAAAGUUUGUUAAUUAAAAAGAAUUUCGUCAAAUCGUUUUGCUUUGUACACCAGAUCUGAGAUCCGUCGACAAAACUCUCUUAGAGUUUCAGUUUCUUUCUUCUUUGCGCGAAAUGUUGCAUUCUAUAAAAAUUCAACAACCUCUUUUGUUUCAAAAUAGUUGGUCCAUUUAGAUAGGCAACUCUAUGCGCCUUAAGGUACGUACAGUGAAUCCUGUAUUAAGCGGACACCGUAUUAAGCGGACACCCUCUAUUAAGCGGACAGUAGCCGAAGUCCCAAAAUUUAUUUUCCUUAUCUACUUUAAAUGAAACCCUCAUUAAGCGGACACCUUUAUUAAGCGGACGCGGACACCUAAAAAGUACCUGAAAUGGUCAUUUCGUUGGCAACCUGUAUUAAACGGACACUUGUAAUUAAAUUCCACCCUCCAACAUGCCAGACACUGGAAAUACGAAAGAUUGCCUCGAAUUGCCACCCACAAAUUUUUCGAUUUUUACAUUUAAAAACUUGACUUGACGAACUUAUUUGAUUAGUUUCAUCGUACUGUAUUGUUGUCUAUUAUGUUUUGUUUGUAUAGAGCUUGUUUCACUCAUCUUAUUUCUUCAAAUUUGAAUUGCAAUCUUUGUUCAUGGUACUAUGAUCAAUUGGUUCACUUUGAUAAAGAAAUUAAUAUCGUCAUAGUCUCUGGGAGCAUUGUAAACGUUUCCACACUUCAUUUGAAUGGCAUUUGACACCUCGUAUGACGUUAUCUAUCGAAACCUGUAUUAGGCGGACACCCUGUAUUAAGUGGACACUACAGCAUUCCCCGCUUAAUACAGGUUUCACUGUACUCUACUUAGUACAUUUGACCAUAUGCCUAUGUUAAAAUGCGCUAUAGAAGUAUUAAUUACGUGUAAAACACGAGCUAUGAAGAAAACUGUUGUGGUUCACUUUAUCCUCGGUUAAUUUUGUUUCUUCUUUUCAUGUCAUAUAUACUGGCGUAAACAAAAAGAAAGGAAAACACAAUUUGAGGCAAGGAUAAAGUUGAGCGAAAGAAUAUACGAGAACUCCAAUAUGGGUCUGUCACGACCCCUUACAUUUUUGUGACAACGGAUUUCGCUACCUUUGCGUGUUCCAAGAAAAAUAAUUUAAACAACUGGUAAUUUAAAAAAAAUUGUUUCGCUACAUUUUCUGAACCAUUAAUGAACUUUGGUUUUGUCUUUUCGCACGUUUCUAGGUUACCAUUGUCCCAGGGGCUGGAUGCAGUUUAAAAGCUACUGUUACUUUGUGAGCAGCUCCAUCAAGACUUGGCACCAGGCCCAAGCGUACUGCAAAGGACGGGGAGGAGAACUGGUGAAGAUAAACAGCGACGAAGAAAACGAGUUUGUGUUGAAGCUGGUUCACAAACACGCACCCUCAGUGAAGCAGGUUUGGAUUGGACUGAUGUGGAACGCACGGGUGAGAAGUUUCAUCUGGUCUGAUCUCUCCAUUCCUAAAUACAGGAACUGGGCUCCUCGUGAGCCGAAUGGAAAAGCACGGGAACCGUGUGGAAACAUGUGGACUGGGAACACUACUUUUCUGCCUGAACAUGCUCCUGGUUAUUGGAAUGACCGUCCUUGUCAAACGUUAGUCCACUAUCCCUGUGGCCUGGUGUGCAAAAGCCUUGCCGAACCAGACGAGGCAAGCUCACCCCUGACACCAGCGAACGUUGAUGCAAUAUAAGUAUGUGAUUCUGAGUUCGUUACUGCAAUUUUCGUAUAUGCUUCACUUUCAAGAGAAAUAGAAUAAGACGUUUGGAUUUUUUUGCAUUUCUUCUAUUGUUUUCACUAUUUGAUGCUGAUAUUUUGUGUAAACAAUGUUUUGUUCUUUUCGUUGUGGUACAUUUCAUAGAUUUAC